AUGUCAAAUCAUCUACAAAGACCAAGUACCAAUCGACCAACUCAAAGAUCAUCCACGGUUACUACGACUACGACAACAACCACCUUACCUGCAAUCGCUCCUUCGUUGAUAAGAAGUAAAUCUACAAUUCAUCUACCUCUAUAUCGCAGAAUCCUAUAUCCGCAUGAUGAUCCUUCGUCCAUCAUACCGAAGAUCGUUAUUGGUGAAGGAGACGAGAUCGAUCUGAUCAAUGAGAGAUUACAUCACUUGAUAGCACUUGCUUUGAGAGGAUACGUUCUAUCAUGGUAUUCGAGGUUCACCCCAAAUCGUGCAUUACCAUCUUCAAUAAACAAAUCCAUUAUUCAUCCAAUAUUAUCACCCAUCUUGACUUCCAUAUAUGAUAAUCCUGAUCAAUUGAUUUAUUUCAUCCUGGUUGAUUUACCUGUAAUAAUCAACAUCCAUCUGAGGACAUAUUAUCAUUGUAUAUUCACAUUAAAAUCUGGUUCACCGUUACCUUUACCAUUAUCCUCAUCAUCGUCUUCGUCUUCGUGGAGAGAGAAAAAUGGGGAUCACUGUAAUUUGGAAGAUAUAUAUCAUAACCAUUUACCUCUUUUAUCGGUUUCUUAUAAUAUAGAACAAGUUGGAUAUGAAAAUGGAUGUGAAUGUGGAUAUGGAUUAUCACCAAUUUACCUUUCGGCUUUAUCAACUUGCUUGUUAUCGAACUAUGUGGGGAAUCAACCUGAUGUGGAAAGGUUGAUGAGUAGAGAAAUUUUAUCUAAAAGUAUAUUAGGAUCAAUAGGUAGAAAAUUGAUUCAGAAUUGGUUUUGGUAUUCAAUCAUCUUGAAAUUAUUAGGUGAACCAAAUUCACAUUCCACUUCCUCAUCAUCUAUAACUGCAACUUCAACUUCAACUUCGUCGUCGAAUCAACUGUAUACUAAAGAAGGAGAUGACAAGUAUCAGAGUAUAGACCAACUCAUCAUGAAAUGGUCGACUAGAUUGAUCUCAAUUUUCGUCAAGAUCUGGGGAGGAAUCAUAAGUCUCAUAGCUAUUUACUCGGCUUCGAAAGAUUACGGCCCGAAAUAUGGGAGGUGUUAUGAACCAAUCUUACUAUUGACAAAAGAGAUCUUAGGGGUUGAUGGAAGGAAUGGGUUAUAUAGGAGGAACUGGCCGGCAAGAAUGAUCUGGGGUAUGACGGAAAUGAUCGUUUCGUUAUCUGGUGGUGUACUGGAUAGAAUACUCCCUCACUUAAUCCAUACAGUCCUCUUGACACCUGAAACUUCUCUCAAACUGAUCGAUCUAGUCGAAAAAAUACUUUUUCCAGAUGGAUAUCCAGGACCUUCGCCCCCUGAUCCUACUCGAACCGAGGUUGUGGAUCUGAAAAUCAGAGCGGAGAAAAGGAUAGAUGAGAUCAUACCUUCUUUCAUCAAGUACAUGUACUUUAGUGAAGAUGGAGGUGGUGGAGGUACGAAAUUGGUACUGGAUGCUAUCGUUGAUAAAGGCUGUAAUUCACAUUUGGUCGCUAUGAUCCUGACCAGUCUAGUGGGCACUGUCAUCCCUGAUCUUGUAGUGGAACAGACUGAUUACAUCGAGACGAACACGACUGUGGAUACAAAAGUGGAAGAUGAUUUUAUUGAUCUUGGUGAAACUUGA